GAGAAGAGGAGGCCAGUGACUCUCCCGCUUUAUCCAUUAACCAGUUUCGAGGAAGAGGGGAGUGAUUUAUAUUGGGCUGUUCAAGAAGAUUCUAGGUCAGUAGUGAGAGGGAGAAAGGAAAAUAAAGUAUAAAACAAACAAAAGCUUUCAUAGGGAAGGGCUGCAGCCACUCAGGCUUAAGAGAGAAAAUCCAAAGUAAGAGAGCAGGAUGGCGUGAGAGGAUAAAUGAGACAUUUAUUGGAAAGUACCAAAAGGACUCAAACGGGAAGGAAUGUAUUAGGGAUGUCAACAAGAAGAUUGAAUAUCAAACGGUGAAGGAGAGGACAACAGCCAAGGACUCAGCAGUCAAAGACCUCAGGAAACCACAGAGGAGGAAACUUUGCCUUUCACAGACUGACACAGAAACCCGUCUGCAGAGGGAUUGCCGUCAACAAGAGAAAUGGAGAAGUGUCCAUUCUUAGAAAGAUAAAAGGAUGUCACUGCCAGUUUUGCUGCUGCUAUCACUCUUGACUGUCCGAUGUGGUGGAUGUGACUUUGACUUGGAAGGUGUGAAAAACAUUAAAAGGACUAUCGACUCUAAUCCGACUGGAUUUCGCACGGUAUUUCCUAAAGAUUACUAUGUAGUGCACCGCUACACAAAAAACAUGCUCUGUAACACUGAUCCGUGUUGUGUGUUCCCUGCUGCAGUGGUCCUCCUCGAGUCCUGGCAUGUGCUUCUCGGAAACCUCUGGGAUGAGCACCUAAAUCACUCCUUAAUCCUCGAUCUGAAGCAGACACUGGAUAGAAUUAUAAAAAAGAACAUAAAUACAGAGAGGUUCCAGGAGGAGACGGACCUGACCGAAUUCUCCACAUUAUCGUCGUCUCCUGAAGAACUACUCAGGCUAACGUCAGAACUUCUCGCGCGAUGGCUCGAUGUCGGGUGCUUGCCUUUGAUUAAAACCUGCAUCCUGCCCACUUUCCCUCCCUCUGUUGAGAGGAAGGACUACGGCCCGUCCAGGGCCAGACUCUUGACGGCCCGAGCUAUCAGCAGUGAGGAGGAAGAGCAGCCUGACAAGAUGAUGGACAUGGCACUGCUGCUGUCCAAUGGAGGUCCUCCAUCCCUGUCAUGUUGGCCUUCUGUCUGGAGCCCCUUGCUAUUGAGACUUUAUUGGUGGUUGUUGCCAUAGUUCCUGAAAUGGAUCUUUUUUUUUUGUGAUGCACACAAAAUGCAAGACAUUUCCUGGCACUGAAUGUUUGUUUUUCUUAUACUUGUGUCUUUGUGUUUUAAUGCAGCAAGCUUUGUUAAUAUGAAGUGACAUGCACAGGUUGCCUUUAAUGUCCAAAGUUAGUUCACAUAGUUGUGCAUCAGUGCUCUGUAACAGCUGGUUUCACAGAUGUAAACGUAUUGCCGUCAUAGAGCGAGCCACGAGCUCUAGCUAGCUAUGCUCUUUGUGCUAACCAGAGAUACAUGCUGAGCAAGCCAAUGCACAUAAGCCAUCGUCUUUUGAUGUGGAAUUCAUCACUGUUUACAAUUAAUGUUAUGUAAAUGUAAGAUAUUGCAGUUUAUGGGCGUCUACUUUUGUACAUAAUGUAAAUUAAAGACAUUUAGAUAUAUAUAUAUAUAUAUAUACACAUUGUUAGUUUUUGAUAUAAUAUCCCAAGGAUUGUAAGCUAUAUUUAUUGUGGUCAUUAGCAUUGGAAACUAACCAAGUACAUUUAAUCAAAUACUGUGCAAUUUUGUCUUUCCAUUUCAUGCAGCUUUUUUUACACUUCUACUACAUUUCAGAGGGAAAUAUUGUAGAUUGUACACCGCAACAUUAAUCACAGUUGGUGUUAAUGGUUUACAGAAAUUAUCCAUAGUUAUAUAUUAAACCACCUAACAGUUUAUGAAGUCAUUAAAAUAACUCCACCAACUAAAGCAGUACAAUGCAGAAUAGCUUGAGUAUAACAGCAUAACAAUCACAGAGAUCACUUCUCUGCAAGAUUCUUGUAGUUGUGAUGUUUUAAUAUAUUUAACAACAAUUACUCUAAUACUUUUACUUCAGUUUAAUUUUAAAUACAUGUUUGACUUGUAACGGCAUAUAUUUACAUUGUGGUAUUUACAUUUUUCGCUUCAGUAAAAGAUCUGUAUGUCAGUAUAAACAGGACAUUUUUCUUCUUCUGCUUAAAGAGAUUAGAUUUAGUUUAUGACUCUGCAUUCCAACAACAUGACAGAGUUUGUGUUAGCACUCCACGUCCAUGGAGCAUUACUGCCUUCCUUUAAGAGAGUGUUUUACUAUUUUGUAACUCGAUGAGUUGCAGGUGAGGGAGGAAUGCUCUGGAUCCAACAGGAAACCAGGGGUUUUCUGACUCGUCAGGAUUUACACGAGAAAUAAAAAGUCCACCAUUUGGUGCUCGUACUUGCCCCUGCUUGUACACACCCACGCAUGGACUGACGUCAUGGGAUCCUCAUUAUUUUAUAAUCCCUCAAAUACAGCAGAAGUAUGUAGAAUUGGCCACUUGGGUAACAGACUUUUGGCUUGCACCCCAAGUUUUCAUUGACUUUUUUUCCACUGAAUUUAAGUCAGGAUUUAGAAAGAUGGGUCGAAUGUAAUACAAUAUGAAGGCAGAUUACAAAGAGUUAGAUCAUCAGAGGGCUAGAAGACAACAUUGUAUGCAAAUAAGGAAAACAAAAACACAGCCAAAGGCUCAAAUGCUAUUCUUCUGGACUGUGCACAGCACAUUUCUAAGUAGGCCGAUCAAGUUGGCAACUUACAAAGACGUUUUUAUGAAUCCCUCAUUGGGGAAAUGUUUUGUUACACUAUAUUUUCUACUCUUUAAAUAUCUAGACUGUGAGGCAGCUGCCACAGAGUUAGCAAUUUGUCUUCCCAUGUGUAACACAGGGGCGACUGACCCCAGAUUCAGUACAGGCUGUGCAGCUGCAGGUCGGACACAUAUUGUGCUAAAAGUAAAUGCGGUAAUCUGACUCACUCAAGCCAUGUGGGAGAUCCUGUUCUGGGUCAGUACGUGACAGCACAUGACAUGACAUGACCGUGGAAAUGAUUCAUCCUAUUGUUUAAACAAUGUUUUAGACACUGGACAUCCACUUAACUGCCAUAAUAUCAGGACGAACUACCAUUUAUGUUAAAGAACAGCAGUUUCCGAGACAAAUAUUUGCAAGUCAGAUUUUGUUCCUGGCAGCAUGGAGCCGAGCGCCAAAGGGGCCAGCUGGAUUCCCGUAAACCGGGGGAAGAGACAGGGAGAGUGAGGGUGGGGGGAGUGAGGCAGCUGGGGGGGUGACAGUGCACCGUGUUUAAACCACGUGGCCUCUCCACAAACCGGAAGUCAGCACACUCUGCCUCCGCCAAGAUGUCUGCGCCCGACGAAGACACGUUUGCCGAGGAAGGAGGCGCGAUGGAGGAGCUGGACGAGGCUGGCAGCGACGAGGAUGAAGGAGUCGAGAUGGAGGAGGAAGACGCGGACAAAGGAGAAGAGAGAAAAGUCUACGUGCCCGGGAUGCAGCCGCUCAAGCCCGGGGAGGAGCUGGAGAUGGACCGGUCCGCGUACCGCAUGUACCACGAGUGUCAAACAGGGGCUCCGUGUCUGAGCUUCGACGUCCUGAGGGAUGGAGACGGAGACAGCAGAGAGCAGUACCCUCUGUCCAUGCUGCUGUGCGCGGGCACGCAGGCGGACACGGCGCUGAGCAACAGACUUCUUGUCAUACGCAUGCACAACCUUCACGGAACAGAGAAAGACAAAGAGGGGGAAGAAAGCAGUGAUGAAGACAGUGACGAAGAUGACGACGAGGAGGAUGCAGAUAAGAAGCCACAGAUGGAGCUGGCCAUGAUGCCUCACUAUGGAGGGAUUAACAGAGUCAGGGUGACCCAGCGUGGAGAGCAGUCUUUGGCUGCCGUCUGGUCAGCGAAGGGACAAGUAGAAAUAUUUGACCUCCAGCCUCAGCUGGAAGCCGUGCACAGUUCUGCUGCCAUGGCAACUUUCAUCAAACAGCAGAAGGAAGCCACGGCUCUCUUCAGCUUCUCGGGACACAUGACGGAAGGCUUUGCGCUUGAUUGGUCGCCUCUAGCACCUGGUCGUCUUGUCAGUGGAGACUGUAAAAAGAACAUCCAUGUGUGGGAGCCACGAGAGGGAGGGACGUCAUGGCAGAUUGACCAACGACCUUUUAGCUCCCACAGCAAGUCUGUUGAGGAUCUGCAGUGGUCGCCGACUGAAGCUACAGUCUUUGCAUCCUGUUCAGUGGAUCAGUCUAUUCGUGUCUGGGAUAUUCGUGCCCCGCCCAAUUCAAUGCUUUCGGCCAACGAAGCUCACUCAUCAGACAUCAACGUGAUCAGCUGGAACAAGAGCGAACCAUUCAUCCUGUCUGGAGGGGACGAUGGGCUUCUGAAAGUAUGGGACCUACGACAGUUCAAGACCGGCGGGCGGCCUGUGGCGAAUUUCAAGCAGCACAGCGCCCCCAUCACCUCUUUGGAGUGGAGUCCCGUGGAUUCAAGCGUGUUCGCCGCCUCGGGAGCGGACGACGUCAUCAGCCAGUGGGAUCUGUCUGUGGAGUCAUGUGAUGUGGGUGCCCGGGUGGAGGGGGUGGAGGACUUGCCCCCUCAGCUUCUGUUCCUGCACCAGGGCCAGUCAGAGGUCAAAGAGAUCCACUGGCACCCGCAGAUGCUUGGUGUGAUGGUCUCCACGGCUCUAUCAGGAUUCAAUGUGUUCAGGACAAUAUCUGUGUAGGGUGUGUGUGCGUGUGCGUGUGUAUUUGAGAGCAAGGUUUUUGCAUUUCUAUGAAUAGUAUAUAUUUACCUUGUAAUGAGCAGUACUCUAAUAUGGUUCAUCUUUAGGGAGCUUGUAAUCAUGUUCAGGUCAUAAUUCUUCUUUUGGACAAAUGGCCAGCGUAGCAUAUGGCGCUAUAAACUUCACUAUUGAACUUUUAGUUUGGAUGUUUUACAGAUGUGCAAACUUUUUUAGGCAUUCCGUAAUGCAAUCCCUAAAAUAAAGUGAUCACUGUU